AUGGAGCACCAGGGGAGGACAGGUGUGGGGGUCAAUGGCUCUGGACAGAGGGUGGCCAGCUUGGAUGUGGGUGGGGGGAUCAAAGUCUGGUCUCUUAACCCCAUCCUGCAAGCUAAAGCUUCCUGCGUGUCCAGAUCUCCGCUGCUGUCUCUGGGAUGGGCCAAAAGGAGCUCGAGGCUUCUCCUGCCUGGCAGCAGGGUCAGGGCGCUUGGUCCGUGUGACACAGCAGCCAAGAGGAGUCUCUGUGCAAUCAGCACUGAUGAGGCCAUGCCCAGGAGCCUCUCGCUUGCCUGCAGCCCAAGUGGUGCCUCCUGUGUCUGCUCUGCAGCAGCUCCCAGCCCCAUCUCCCAUGUGGACAUCUCAGCAGUAAGCUCUGGUGGCAAAAGCAUGAACCAAACUCCUGGGAAACUGCUGCUGUGCGACACUAAAACAAGGAAGCAGCAGGGACUUCUGCAGUUCUCCCUGGAGCCUGAGCCCAUUGCUAUUCACUGCACAGCUUUCAAUCACAAGGGCAACCUGCUGCUGCUGGGGGCUGCAGAUGGGACUGUUGGUCUCUUGGGCAGGGAGCAGAAGCACCUGGGGGCAUUGCUUGCCAGCAGCUGA